AUGCCGGCUUCCGCCAAUACAGCAACGAACAGCAGCAGCAGCAGCAGCAGCAGCAGCAACAGCAGCAACAGCAGCGGCGGCAGCGGGCUGGGCUACAGCUGCAGCAGGAAGUACUGCAGCAGCACAAAUACAGUCGUGGGGUUUAUAAUAUUACAAGCAGUCGGUGUAUGGAGCCGCAGCAGCAGCCGCGUGCCGUCCACGCGCCGCAUGCAGCAGCAGCAGCAGCAGCAGCAGCAGCAGCAGCAACAGCAGCAGCAGCAGCAGCAGCAGCAAGGCGGGGGCUGCAGCAAGCUAGAAACGGCCCUUGGUGUUUACAAAGACGCAAAAUGCUAA